AUGCCGCCAAAUCCAGCCGCGCGAUCAACACUGUCCCGAUUGACAGCACCAACAGCUGCCAGCAUACCAUCUCAAGUCUUGACAUUCCCCCCGCUUCCGCCACCGACAUUCUAUCAAUUGCCACCAAUGAGCCAUUCUCUCCGAGGCGCCAUCCCUCGACAUCGGUACAACGAGCUGGCAAAUCACUACACGCAGGCCAUCCUCCAGAUUGAAGCAAUGUCGGCGCACUGUGCAAUGGCUGAAAUGGAGAUACAACGGCUAAAACGAAAAGAGAACUUGAAGGACAACCGCGCAACCAAGAGACAGAAACUCAACGCGGAUGCGAGGGUUAAAGGCAUAGAACUCGCGAGGCAGAAGGAAGCAGAGCAGAGAGAGAAGCAGCAGGCGAAGGAUGCAGCUCGGGAGGCUCGCGCAGCAAAGGAGAACGAGGAAGAACAACACCGUGUGUCCCGAGAUCCAAACGAACCCUUUUACGGCUCCCUCUCGUCGAAGAAUAAAUCUGAUUUGAAGGAUGUUGCACACGCUCUCAAGCUGUCAAAGGAGGGAACCAAAGAAGUGUUGCUCAAGCGAAUCCAGGAUCAUUUUGAUGACCAUCCUCACCUUCGGGUCGAUCAACGCUUCCAUGGUUUAUUUAACCGCGGACGACCUCGAGCUUCGGAACCCAAUCCCGCACCUCCUAGCUUCGAGCCCAAUCCUCCGCCCUUAACCCCUCAGCCGCUUCGACUAGCUCCCUUUGCCUUACAUCCCACUCUCGCACUUUACAAUAUCAACGGUCAUAAUAUUCAGUAUCAAGGAAAUGAUGUGCAUAAUUCAUACCUCACCGUUCACGAUGUUCAUCCAAGACUCCCUUACAUUAUCCACCCACCUACUUUUAAUCCAUUGGCAACUUCUAGUUAUACCGUAAAUAUCUGA